AUCAUUCGCAUCCGAGAGUAUUUUAACUUCAAAGCUAGCAUCCUAUUUACAGCUCUCUUCUCUCAACUUGCUCUUUCCAAUUAUCAACAUAUAAAGCAUGGGUUUCCGUUUACCUAGUUUGAGAAAGGCGUCCCUUCCAGCAAUCCAAGCAUCUUCAAAAUCUGUCGACGUGCCCAAGGGUUACCUUGCUGUCUAUGUUGGAGAUAAAAUGAAGCGAUUUAUGAUCCCUGUAUCACACUUGAACCAACCUGCAUUUCAAGAACUGUUGAGUCAAACUGAGGAAGAAUUUGGGUAUGAACAUCCAAUGGGUGGUCUCACAAUUCCUUGCAGAGAAGAUGCUUUCUUGGAUAUCACUUCUCGCUUGAUGAGGUGCUAAUCCAUGAAGAUCAGACUGACAUUAAUGUAUAGACAUAAUUUUUGUAGUAUAGUUUCUUACCUUGAAAAUAUUGUUUAUCCAUUUUUGUUAUAUUAAUUUGGAUAGUAAAAAGAAUGUUACAAGAAAUUUCGAACAUGUUGAGUUUUAUUUUCUUCA